CCUCGAAUUCACUGUUUUCUUAUGCUUAUUGAUGAAUUGAUUGAUUUCUUGCUUUCUUGCUUAGUUUUUUUCUUUUUUUGUUGAUUGAACGAAAUGGCCGAGGCCAAAGGAGAUUUCUGCUGUUCUUGUGCUAACGCUGCAACCAUAGACAUUGGAAAACACUUAAAGGCAAAGAAAAUAACUGGCGAUUACCUGAAGGAGGAUGGGAAGAAAUACUUUAAAAUACAAUGGGAAGAGACAUGGACACCAGAAGACGAAUUACAAAAUUGUUCCGACCUGCUUCAAGACUAUUUGGAGAAAGGAAAACCAGAGAUAGAAGUUUUGGGUCAUACAGAAAAUGUUGAGGAAGAUGUCGAUGUUUUUGUUGUUCGUGUAAAGCGUGGAGCAUUGCAGACAGAUGAAAAUAGUAUUUCUAUCAAUGGCUUAGAGGGAGUUGAUUUGGUAGAGAAGUUAACCGAAUUAAGUAAGCAGCCCAAAACGGUUAGUGAUCUCGAGCAGGAAGACAUCAAAUUGGUUACCUAUGCGCAACUGCAAAAAGCUGGCUUUAUGGUCGACGACGAAGACACUACAGAGACAGCAUCAUCACAGCAGACACAAUCCUGUUCAGUGGAAAAUAUCGAGAAUGCUAAAACGCAAAUGUAUUCACAAAUUGCUGGUAAUGGAAAUGCCGAAGGUGGCAUGAAAUACUUACACCAUUUUGUCCAUAAUGAUAUCGAGGCUUCAAGAAAUCGAGGCAGAAGUUAUGUAGCACGCCGCCGGCAACCUUUUCAGUUGUAUAAGUGCGAGCUGUGCGGCUCGGAAUUCGUUCAUCGUACUCAUUUGAAAAUCCAUCAACGAACUCAUACCGGUGAGAAACCUUACAAGUGUGAAUUUUGUGGUCGCAGUUUUGCGCAGAAAGGAAACUUGCAUGUUCAUAUAAAAAUACAUACUGGAGAAAAAGAUUUUGUUUGUGAAUACUGUCAGAGGGCGUUCAUUACAAAUGCACAACUUUUCGUACACUUGCGAACACACACGAAUCCGAAUCGAAAAAAACCGUACGCGACCGGUAGACCGGCUAAAAAUGAACCUAAAAGGAAACUAGUUCCGGGUCAGGAGACUCCAAAUCAGAUUAUCGUUCAACUUGUUCAACGCGAAGACGGGAAUUCGCAAAAAAACCUGGACAAAAAUGACCCAGCUGAUCUGCAAAAUACAUCGAAUAUACCAACAUUAGCUGUCGGCGAGGAGGAACUGCGAAAUCUGACAGAAGAAAAUGGUGCAAUGACAAAUUUACCUAGUUUAGCGUCACAGGCGGAAACCAGUGUUUACAAUAUCCAUACAACAAUUUCUCAACCAAUCAUGAAUAACUCAUUAGUGGAACAUAAUGGCGCUAUGCAUAAUGGCGGCAUGCAUAAUGGCGAUAUGGUGCAAAUACUAGUUGCUCAACAGUAACUCUUGUUUGGAUUUUCUGUUCCAAUAAUUUUUGCGUUUGACCUUUUCUGACAGUUGUUUCAACAAAAUAUUUUUCUGGUUUUUGUGGAA